GGGGGGGUAGCCAUUUGCAAAUAGUCUGGGUAGCCAUUUGAUUAGCUGUUAAAUUUCACCACCUCUCUUUCUUCCUGUUCUUUUUCUCUUUGAGUGUAAACAGAGUAUAAAAGCAGAAGUUUCAUAGGGAACUGGAGCUUCUAUAAAUGAUAGAUUCACCCCUUAUACAAUUCCCUCUGGAAGGAGAUUAAAAGGCUCUAUUCAGAAAUCCUCAUUAUUCCGUUGAAUGAUUUAAAAUUUGAGCGUCAUUAUUUCUAUAUAGCCUAUACUUUCUCGUUCUGAACUUCUAACCUGAGUAGGACGGGUCUGGCUUUGCGACAAUGAUCAAGAGCAGCUGCUCACCGAUAUGACAGCCCCAAUGCAGUUACACCUCCGACAGCGCCAAAACAUCAGCUAUGCGGGUGUCGGCUAUUGCCGGUUAAUGCUGAUCUGAUUGAAUCUAGGCCUAAGGGUCCCACUGUUCAGCAAGAGUAGGAGCAGGGCAAGUUUCAUUCAGCCAUCAGGCUGCUGAACAGUGGGACAUAGGACAGAUAUAGAUGGACAGUAGGCCCCAGAGACUUUGAAUAUGAGAAAAUGUAAAUGUGUGACUUGUGUACUAGCUUUCCAGUUUUCCGUACUGCAUGUAAUAUAUUGUGUUGUGUAUUUGUAUGCUGACACCAGAAAAUGAAUUUACAUGUAAAUGGACAAAGUGUAUCGUAUCAUAUCGUAUUUGUUUUGCAAUUUGUACGAUUGCAAAACAAAUACUGGGAGCCAAGAAGUACUUUUUAAAAUGUGAUGAAUUGCUAUUAUUGUUAUUGCUAUUAUUAUUGUAAAGAAUGGUGGAGUAACAAGCUUUUAAGGUCAUUUUAUGAGGCUGGUAACCAUCCUACUGGGCACAGAUGUCAAUUCAACAUCUAUUCCAUGUUGGGUCAGCGUAAUUUCAAUGAAAUGAUGUGGAAACCAUGUUGAUUCAACCAGUAUAUGCCCAGUGGGAUGUGAUGAACGUGAUGACUUCUCAGCUGUUAGCUGCUGAAGUAUAAACAGAGACGGUUUAUGAAGGAAGUUGACCACUGAUAUAAAUGUUGCACUCUUUGUAUGUGAUGCAAUUGAUGCAUACUACCUCAACAAACCGGUUCCCCCGCACAUUGACUCUGUACUGGCACCCCCUGUAUAUAUAUCUUUUUUUACUGUUCCUCUUUAUUUGCUUGUCACUUUUUGUCUUAUUCUUAACCAUAUUUUUGGAAACUGCACUGUCGGUUAGGGGCUCGCAAGUAAGCAUUUCACUGUAAGGUGAGGUUGUAUUUGGCGUAUGUGACUAAUAAAAUUUGAUUUGAUUUGAGAUCCUGAGGCCCAUUGUCAUGCUUUAUCUGCCACCAUCACCUCAUGUUUCAGCAUGAUAAUGCACGGCCCCAUGUCACAAGGAUCUGUACAUAAUUCCUGGAAGCUGAAAAUGUUCUCAGUUCUUCCAUGGCCUGCACACUCAGCAGACUCACCAGCCGAGCAAUCAGCCUGUCACCAACCCUUUGGAAACAUUUAGAAAAAAUUGUGUUUGUCCAGAUACAAUGCUAUUUUACAGUAAACAAAUUGGCAACAGACUUUCAGCACGCUCAUGGGGAAGGACAUUCAACAACCACAUCACUUACACAAAUGACUGAUGAUUGGCUGAGAUAAAUUGAUGAUAAAUAGAUUGUGGCGGCUGUUUUGUUAGACUUCAGUGUGGCUUUUGACAUUACUUGUAUCUGUACAGGGUGGACUCUGAAUUACUCUAUGCAAAGUUGUAUUGUCUUCUUGUCACGCCCUGACCUUAGUUAUCUAUGUUUUCUUUAUUAUUUUGGUUAGGUCAGGGUGUGACGAGGGUGGGUAUGCUUGUUUUGUAUUAUCUAGGGUUUUUGUAUGUCUAGGGGUGUUUGUAAGUCUAGGCAUAUGUAGGUCUAUGGUGGCCUGAAUUGGUUCCCAAUCAGAGGCAGCUGUUUAUCGUUGUCUCUGAUUGGGGAUCAUAUUUAGGUUGCCAUUUUCCCUUGGGUAUUUGUGGGUUCUUGUCUAUGUGUAGUUGCCUGUUCAGCACUCAUUUGUAUAGCUUCACGGUUCGUUUUUGUUAUUUUGUUCAGUGUUUCUGCUUAUUAAAGAAGAAUGUACGCAUAUCACGCUACGCCUUGGUCUCCUCCUUUUGACAGCCGUGACACUUCUCAGGAAUUGUGUCUUAUUACUUUGGUCUCAUCCCUCACACAAUCCUUUAAAUGCUGUUACACCAUGUGGCGAUUGGGCCUGGUAAUGUUUAGGUUACUGUAAGCUUGGUAUUGUUAGAUUGGUCAAUGGUGGUUGGUUUUGGGUUGAAAGGUUACACCUUCAGAUGUUGUAAAUUGAAUUAAAUGUUGUUCUCUCUCUUGUAUCCUGUAUCUAAGUUGUAGGUUGUAUUAUCAAUUCUCAUUUCCUUCUGGCCUAAUAAGCAUCUCUUAUGUUCAUGCUUUGUCUUCUAAUUCUUUGGAACUUAAGCUUUAUGCCUUGUAUGUGAGUCCAUUCAAUGUUACUUAAAAUAUCUGCCUUUGAUAUAGAGACUUCUCAGACCAAUUCUUGCUAGUCAACGUCAACUCAUUGCAUCAUGCUUGCUUGUAUAUUUUAAUUCGCUUUAUGAAGUCAGAUAAACAUUAUAAUAGGCUAAUUGCUUAGUCCAAUUAAUAAGUCGCUGUCACGACUUCCGCCGAAGUCUCUCCUUGUUCGGGUGGUGGUCGACGUCACCGGCUUUCUAGUCACCACCGAUCCAUGUUUUGUUUUGUCUGUAUUACACACACCUUGUUUCAAUUCCCAUAUCAUGUUCCUUAUUUAACCCUCUGGCAUACCUUUCUGUUCUGUCCGUGAUUGUUGGUGUCUUAGUGGUUCGUGUAGGUGUUAUUCUGUCUGUAUUUUCCUUAUUGGAAUAUUGCUUGCCUUUUUUGUGAGUAAACUCAGUUGUUUUGCUCAAACCUGUGUCCUGCGCCUGACUCCUCUACAUCUCUGCACCCAAUCGUUGACAGUCGCAUGUGAUGUAUAUACUCGACUGACGGAAAGCAUAGCUACUAUUAAAAUACAUUUUUAUCUGACUGGAAGUGUACAGACUGAAGUGGCAGCAAGUCUUAAACCUGAAAUGGUUGAACAUUUUGUCAUGUCUUUUUGGUCUGUUUUCCUCUGUAGUCACUGCUAGUUUUGAAGCCUUUGUUAAGGCCUCUAGAAGUGCAAGUAAUUUAAAACACCAAAUAUCCCGAGUGGACAGCCAUACACUCUGCCAAAGACGAUAUCUGGGAGCAGCGACGGACGAACAUCUGGGCCGAUGCUAUGCUGACCUCUUGUUCAGGGAAGAGCGGGGGCUGAUAUCGCAUGGAACACUCGAAAGUCGAGAGACUAGUGGCCAAGCAGAGAAGGGUGUUGCGGGCGUAUUCCACCCACGUGUUGUUGGCUCCAGGUGGUGGGGUUGGUCGAGACGAGGCACCUAAGCAUAUUCUCCAGGUCUUGAUUGGCACGCUCUGACUAGCCGUUGGACCGGGUAUGAAACCCGGAGGACAAGCUGGCUCGAUGACCCAAUAAGGGUGCAGAACUCUUUCCAGAAUCGGGACGAGAAUUGACGACCACAAUCAGAGACAAUGUCGGCAGGGAGUUCAUGGAUUUGGAAGACGUGCUGCACCAUGAGCUGAGUCGUCUUCUGAAGGUAACUUGGGGAGAGGGAUGAAAUGGGCAGCUUUAGAGAACCUUUCCACUACUGUCAGGAUAGUGGUGUUGCCAUCAGACGGAGGAAGCCCAGUGACAAAAUCCAGGGAUAUAUGAGACCAGGAGCGAUGAGGAACAGGGAGUGGCUGAAGGAGGCCUGCCGCAGAGUCUUAUUCUGAGCACAAACCGUGCAUGUGGCGACGAAGACUGAGACAUCAGGAACCAUAGUGGGCCACCAGAAGCGUUGUCGAAGGAAGGCCAGGGUUCAACGGGAGCUAGGAUGGCAGGUGAGCUUGGAGGAAUGAGCACAUUCCAGGACCUGAGAUAGGGCUGAAUCAGGGACAAACAUCUGGUAAUCUUGACAAUUAAAAAAUCAUUAAAGUAGUUGGCAAUAUCAGUGGGUUUAAUGAGCCAUCUGAUUCAAUGAAUGAUGAAGCUGAGUUUGCCUUUUUGCCCAACAGUUCUUUUAAGGUGCUCCAAAGCUUUUCACUGUCAUUCUUUAUAUAAUUUAUCUUAGUUUUAUAGUAUAGUUUCAACACUUCCACCACUGGCAUUUCUGUCUUUUCUGUAAAUGUUAUAACCUUGUAUUGCUACCACUGUAUCAUCAAAGGUAUUAUCUAAGUGAGUUUCAGAGAUAGUCAAAAUAUGAAUGUCAUCUGUUACUAGCAAGUUAUUUACUUCAUUAACCUUGUUUCUUAGGCUACAUAUGUUAACGUGGGCUAUUUUUGAACACUUUUCUGGGAUGCUUGAUUGUUUUCAUUGUUUUACUGGGUAGCUUAGCAGAAUUAGACAUGCUCAUGCUGUUUAUGUUAGUGCAGGGUGAGCUGCACACAUGGGACUUCCUACUACGGCACACCGCCUCAGUGCUAACACUAUAACUCUGGUUCAUAGGCACAUGAUUACUGCAUACAAUAGCUGUGGGAUCAGCAGAGGCAUUCAGCGCAGUUAGAGGGGCAUAAAUUAGGUUACUUACAUUGCAUCUUCCAACGCCCCUGGGAUAAUGUACAUUUGCUGAAACAUUAUGACAACUCAGUGACACAAUGGUAGGAAUUUACUGAGCUGGGCUUGGGUCAUUGAUAAGUAAUUGUCUCAAUGCAGCCUUAUAAUGCUGUGAAAGGAUCCAGGAACCCAGAUGAUUUGGAUGGAUCCCAUCCUCCUUAUCAAACGAGCUUUGUUUCCAGAAGGUAUCAAAAUUGUCAAUAAAUGGGCCUCCCGGGUGGCGCAGUGGUCUAGGGCACUGCAUCGCAGUGCUAACUGCGCCACCAGAGUCUCUGGGUUCGCCCCCAGGCUCUGUCGCAGCCGGCCGCGACCGGGAGGUCCGUGGGGCGACGCACAAUUGGGCUAGCGUCGUCCGGGUUAGGGAGGGUUUGGCCGGUAGGGAUUUCCUUGUCUCAUCGCGCUCCAGCGACUCCUGUGGCGGGCUGGGCGCAGUGCGCGCUAACCAAGGGGGCCAGGUGCACACAUUGGUGCGGCUGGCUUCCGGGUUGGAGGCGCGCUGUGUUAAAGAAGCAGGUUGGGUUGUGCCUCGGAGGACGCAUGGCUUUCGACCUUCGUCUCUCCCGAGCCCGUACGGGAGUUGUAGCGAUGAGACAAGAUAGUAAUUACUAGCGAUUGGAUACCACGAACUGGGGAUAAAAAAUAAUAAUAAUAAAAUAAAGAAAAUUGUCAAUAAAUGUUACACCCACAGAGCUGAAAUAGUCUCGUAGCCAGUUAUGGGGGGCUAAAAGUCUGCUGAAACGUUCAAUGCCACACUCAACCCCAUCAGUUCUUUAAAAUCCAUCGUCAGCUGUUCUGAGCUGCCCUUCAUAAUGUCAUUGAAUCCCACAUUAACUAUGAUAGACUCAAUUUCCUGAUGCUGAUUUAAAAUGUUUGGUAGCAGCUUAUUGAUAUCCUGUACUCGUGCUCCUGGAUAGCACAAAGGUUUUGCCCAACGGACUGAGACAUUACUCACCAAUACAAUGGCCGGAGAAGGGAAUGGAGAAAUCUGACCAUUCCUACCCCUCACACAAUUCUUUGAACCUUUCACAGAUCCACGAGAAGCAGGAUAGCGUAUGCCCGCUGCUUCCCCCGAUAGGUCCAGACCUCCCACAGAAGGUCGUGCCCGUCAGAUCCAGAGAGAGGGAAAGGAGCCGAACUCGACAACGAAGCCACUGCUGGAGUCAGCGUAUUUGGAGUCAGCACCGCCAGCGCAGACACAGGCAAUCCCAGCGAUGAAGGCGCAGGUAGAUCAGGGUUUGGGAUUUACUGGAACCAGGACAUAUCCAUCCUUAAGGAUUUUUGUGACGUACUUCCUCCGGAUUGUGGGAAUCUCAUUGAACUGACCAGGAGGGAGUUGCUUUCUUUAGCAAAACCAAUAGUGGAGUCGACCAUGGGGAUAAAAGAGGACUUAGUAGUGACCACGGAUGUGAACUUUGUCGGGAACGGAAACUUUCUGGACUCGGCGUUCCGCUACACCCUCUUCCCAGUGUUCUACGGUGUUGUGUUCAUCCUUGGGCUGAUAGCCAAUAGUUACGUGCUGUUCGUGCUGUGGCGCCUGCGCAAUGCCAAGGCCUUGAACGAGAUCUGCAUCUACAUGGCCAACCUGACUGUGGCCGACCUCCUCUUCGUGUGCGCCCUCCCCGUCUGGAUUAGCUACUACCAUCACGGUGGCGUCUGGCUCUACGGCGAAUUCCUGUGCCGUGUCACCGGCGUGUUCUUCUUCAUCAACACCUACUGCUCCAUUCUCUUCCUCACUGCCAUCAGUAUCAACCGCUACAGGGCCAUCACGCGCCCGCUGAACGCCGCCUCGUCCGACCAUUGGUGCCGUGGGGUGGUCGUCACAGCGGUCAUCUGGGUGGUCACUCUGUCCAUGUCUGUGCCAUACCUCUUGAAGACGGGCAUCCAGAAGGACGAGAGAAACGUGUCGCGAUGCUUCGAGGGCUACCACCAUGAGACAGAUGGCGAGAAGCGGCUGGUGGCCGCAACCCACCUUAUCAUUGUGGGGUGCUUCGUCUUGGUCUUCUUCCUCGUCGUAGUGUGUAAUCUGCUAAUCGCCCGGGCGUUACUAGCCCAGUCCCUUACCCAGGCUCGGGGCUCCAGUUCCUCCAAACCCCGGGGGGUGAAGGGCCGGGCCCUGCAGAUGCUGUGCGCUGUGGUGGGGGUGUUCGUGGUGUGCUUCCUCCCCCACCACAUGGUCCAGGGCCCCUGGACCCUGGCUGUGCUGGAGAUCAAGGAGGGCUGGGGCAGCGCGGAAUGGAACCAGAAGACCAGGCAGUGGUUGAACGACGCCCACCAGGUCACCCUGAUGCUGAUGGGGCUCAACUGCCUCUUAGAUCCCGUGGUGUACUGCUUCGCCACCAGGAGGUUCCACAUGUAUAUCAAGGACCAUCUGAAAAAGGUGGGGAUGGGCAGAGGCUGCUCGGAAACAGCCAUCACACACAUCUCUAUAGUGGAAUGCAAGAAUGUGAGCCAGCGGCUCCAUCGUGAACAGCAGCAGCUCAAUAAUUAAAGUCCUUCACUGUAACGGAAAACUGUAAUUUAUAUGGUAAAUUUGGGUAUUAUCAACAGUAAAAUACUCCAAAUGUUUUACUGCAGCAUAGUGUAAAUUGUUGUGGGCGGGGAAACAAGUGCUUUAUUUUGAAUGGUACUGUAAUUCCACCCCACAGAAUACAGUACUGUAUCAUGUCAAAAACCUUUUGACCACUUGUGGGUGAAUGUUAUUGUUGUUUCUGGCUUAUGAACAUAUUUGAGCUGUGCCUUGUAAGAGGCUAUAUUUGUUGCACCCAUGAGUGAACCAAUUUAACUCUUAUGUUAUAGGAGACAGAUUGUACAGGGGACAGAUUUUAGUGGCAGCGAGUCUUAAACCUUAAAUGGUUGACCAAUUUUACCAUGACCUUUUGGUCUGUACCCCUGUAGUCGCUGCCAGUUUGGAAAAUUUUGUUAAGGCCUUUUUUGUUAAGGUGCAAGUAAUAUUAAACACAAAUUAUGCUGUGGGAUGUUUACAACCAGAUUCAUCUGGUUUUCAAGGGAAAAGGAAAGAGAGCCUGUGACGCCUACACGACUUACGCUUUUGGACGUUAACAAGGCGACACUCCAUCUUAACUCCUCCUCCACAUUUAUUGGAUUGGUUGAACAGUGCAGAAGAGAACCUCCCCCAACAGUUUUUUUCUUCUCGUCAGCUACGUUAGGUUACCUAGCAGCCAACCUGCUUGCACCAAUCCCUUGUAAUUACAGUAAAAUACUAUGAAUUACAUACCCGUCCCCUCAAUGAAUUUCAUUCAUCCAUGUGCCGACCUUACAGUGAAAUGCUUACUUACAAGCCCUUAACCAACAACGCAGUUAAGAAAAAUAAGUGUUUAGAUAGUAUUUACUAAAAUUAACUGAAGUAAAAAAUAAAAAGAAGAAAAUAGAAAAAUAUUUAAAGAGCAACAAUAAAAUAACAGUAGUGAGGCUAUAUACAGGGGGUACCGGUACAGAAUCGAUGUGCGGGGGCACCGGUUAGUUGAGGUAAUAUGUACAUGAAAAUAGAGGUAAAGUGACUAUGCAUCAAUAAUAAACAGAGUAGCA